UGGUCCAAAAUGCGGGCGGAAUGAUGUGGAAGUUGAUGAAGGAGUGUGGUAGUUUGAGGAUGAAGACUGCCAGAUUUGGCGGGAGUGAAGGCAGGCGCCUUCCUUCCCUUUUUGGUAGUCCACAUCCCAGGUCACGCCUUCCAAGAAACACUGCGCUCGUGUCCAUACGCUGCUUCAAUUUCAUUCCCCGUUGGCCUUCUCAUAUCGCUUCAGACAACAACUGGAUCUCUAGCGCUUUCUUGGCCCGCAUGAAGACUCGGUACUGAUGAAAUAGAUGGACUCUGCCGACCAUGGAGAAUACCGGUAAUACCACGGAUGCCCUAUCGGCUGGUGAUCCUCUGUCUGGCCCCGAAUUUGAUGAACACGCAUAUGACGCCAACGAGGAAGUAUUGUUCCUUCAGAUGAUGGACACGGCUUCACCCAAUCUCCAAGCUGUCCUGGAUGACCGCAUCGAUAUCGGGUGGCCUUCUGGGCAGAGGCAGCAAUCUCCUCUCCUCAUGGAGCGCCCACAGAGCUCGGGCAUUGAUACUUCAGCAUUUAGUUUUGCGAAGCCGGCCCAGAACGGAAAGCCUUUUUCGCUUCAGCCAGCGUCGAAGCACUCUUCAUCUAGUGUAAAUCAAGCAAUUCCAGGCCAGAUUAGAUGUACGGGGGGUCAUAACUCAGGUGAAGGGCAGAGUGAUCAGGACCAGACUGCUGGCACACGAAAUGCCAAAUUUCCAGCGUCCCCACACCAUGCUGAGUCCUCUUCCGUAACGACAGACCAGAGGCAGGAUCCUAGCGAGCAGCCCAUACUAUCUACCAUGCCAAGUACGGACGCGAGAUCUCAGUCCAGGGCUUCCAUGGAUUGCCAGAUCGAGCAAGUCUUACCAUCUGAGCCUGGCGCCGAAAGUAAUCUGCAGAUGCAACCAUCCGAGAAUGAUAUACAAGUCAGACUCCUAAUCAGUCGACUAUUAAUGAUAGGCGACUCAAUAUACCUCCCUCUUUGGAGCGCUCGGACUCGGUGCCGGAUGGCUUGUCCGAAACGCGGCCUACUGAUCACCCGUGGAAAGGUGCAAAACGGCGACACAGCGACAAGCGAAGGGCAACAAAGAGGGCAUCGUAUGCAUCAUCUGAUAUAAAUUUGCAAGUACCAGAGGAAGCACUAUUUCAACAAUUGAUCGGCCGAUUGAGAGCUCGGGAGGAAAGCGAAGCAGUAGCCUUAGACCGACAGAAAGAAAUGGAACAAACAAUUUUAGCACUGAGCGAAGAAAACAAAGUUUUGAAGGAGGAACUCGAGAUACUUGGCUCCAAGCUACAGAAGCGAACGAUGGAAUCCAGGGCCUAC